GUUAAAAAAAAAAAAUUUUUAUGUGUUUUAUUUUUUAUAAACAAUAAAUUUUUUUUUUCUCAAACCAAAUAAUUAUUAAAAAAAAAAAAUGAAAAAAGAAAAACUAUUUUUUUGUUUUAUACAAUUUAUUUGUUUAUUUUCUUUUAUUGAAAAAUGUAUAGGUAGAGAAAUAGAUAUUGAAAGAAUUAAUUUUUCAAGCUUUAUUAAUGAUUGUAACUAUCAAAUUAAACAAUGUAAUCUAACAAUUUAUUCAAAUAAAUUAAAAGAAAAUUCAUUUUCAAAACCAUUAUUGUUUUUUAAUUAUAAUGUAUCAAGACAAUUAGAUGAUAUUUAUAAUCCAAUAACAUUUUUUGGUGUAUUUGAGAAUAUUAAUAUUUACAAAAGAAAUGAAUUACCACCACUUUUCCAUCCUAUCUCAGGUGAAUUACUUUAUCAAGGUUUUGAUGAUUAUCAAAUAAUAAAAAUGUAUUAUAUAGGCUAUACAGAUGAAUAUCAGCAUUUAAAUUUACCCAAAUUAUACCAUUGCAAAGUUUAUACAGAAUAUAUAGGAUAUAUUAAAUUUGCAUGUUUAUCAAUAGAUUCAAAUAAUAACUUUGUUGUUAUUAAUCCAGAAAUGAGGCAAGAUAGUUAUUAUUUAAUUCAAAAUACCUCAAAUAGUAUCAAUAAAACAAAUUUAGAAUGUUCAUUCACAGCAACAGAUAUAAAUUUAAAUAUUUAUUAUUAUUAUUUAUUGGAUGUAAAUGGUCAAGUAAAUGUUGGUAUGAAUAAGUUUGAAUGUAUUGAAUAUUUUGGUGGGAUUGGCACCGAGUGUUUCAAAUUUUCAAUCAAUUUAAUUCGAUUAAAUCAAAUCAAAGUACCAAUAUUAAAUUAUACAGAUAUUAUUGGAAUAUUAGGAUAUAAUGAUUCAAUAUUAAUAUGUGGUAAUCAUCCUUCAAAUAAUAGUUUAAUAGUAUAUAAAUACAACAUUACAACUGAAGAACAACAGUUUUUAUUUACAAAUGAUAUGAUAUUAACUCAUGUAAUUCAGCACCAAUUCGCAUCAACUCAAAAUUGCUUAUUCUUUUCAAAUAAAUCAAAUUCAUCAAUUCUUUAUGAUAUAUUUAAUGAACGUAUCAUUUUAAAAAAUGAUAAAUUAAAUUUAAAUAUAUCGGAACAUUUAGAACAAGGUAAUGAAAGAACUAUCUACUAUUUUAUGCAUGAUGCUGCAAAUGAAAAACUAAUACCACCAAUUGAUAGACCAGGUUAUUAUGGCCAACCAUUACCAACAAAAGAACCAACAUAUUCAAAUUUUAAUUAUACAAAACCAAACAAUUCAAAUUCUAUUUAUCAAUUAUCACCAGUAUUAAUUUUAUUAAUUUCAAUUUUUAUCUCAAUUUUAUUUUUCUAAUAAAUUACAAUAAAUUUCAAUAAAAUUUAAUUAUUUUUUAUAAAAUUUUU